AUGAUCAGAAAAAACAAACAAUUUUCCCACAAUGUUAUUGAAGAAGGGCCGCCAUUUAAUUGUAGCAUUUUUCCUAGCGUGACUAAAUGUGUUUUGCAUGGAAGAGAAUCACAAACAUUGGUUUGUGACAUUACUACAUUGUUGAGAUCAUCAUCAAAUCAUUCUUUCUUCCCAUAUUUCAUGCUUGUUGCAUUUGAAGGUGGAAGCAUUUUCAGGGCUUUUCUGUUGCUUCUAUCAUUUCCUUUGUUGUGUACUUUGGGAUUUGACCUAAGGAUGAGAUUCAUGAUUUUCAUUACCUUUUGUGGGCUGAGGUUGAAAGACAUGGAUGUUGUUGCUAGGGCUGUUUUGCCUAAGUUUUAUCUCGAGGAUCUUAAUCUUCGUGUUUACGAGGUUCUGGAUUCUGUGGGGUCAAGAUUGGUUUUCACAAGUUUGCCAAGAAUUAUGGUUGAAGGAUUUCUUAAGGAUGAUCUGAAUGUUGAGGUUGUUCAAGGUUCUGAGCUGCAUACAAUUUGGAAUGGUAAGUAUUUUAGUGGAUUUUUAGCUACCUCAUCUGGGCAGCUACUACUUAAGAAAGAUGCUGCUUUGAGGAAACAUUUCGGAGAAAAGAAGCCGGAUUUAGGAAUUGCAAGUUUAACUGCCGAUGACUUAAAGUUCAUCUCCGUUUGCAAGGAGUCAUAUGUUGUUACCGAAGAAGAUCGCAAACCAAGUUCCACAACCAUAAUGCCACGAAAGAAAUACCCAAAGCCACUAAUCUUCCACGAUGGAAGGCUAGCAUUCUUCCCAACUCCCUUUGCAACUCUAAAAAUGUUCAUUUGGCUCCCAAUUGGCCUAACCCUAGGCAUUAUCAGAACAUUGGCAGUUCUACUUCUCCCUCACAAAAUGUCCAUUUUUGUGAUCAAAUCCACUGGUUUGAUUUUCAAGUACAAAAUCCACCACCAAAAUAAUCAAAACAACCCAAUUUCACCAAAAGGGAAGAAUGGUGGAGUACUCUAUGUAUGUAACCAUAGGACACUUUUGGACCCCGUUUUCCUAAAUCUAGCAGUUCAAAAACCACUAGCAGCGUUGACCUAUAGCUUAAGUAGAUUUUCAGAGGUCAUUUCACCAAUUAGAACGGUAAAGCUGAAAAGGGAUCGAACCCAAGAUGCUAAAACCAUCGAAAAUUUGUUAAACGAAGGCGAUUUGGUGGUUUGUCCAGAAGGUACAACUUGUAGGGAGCCAUAUUUGUUGAGGUUUAGUUCAUUGUUUGCGGAAUUAACCGAUGAAAUUGUGCCCGUAGCCGUGAAUACACAUGUGACAAUGUUUUAUGGUACAACUGCCAGUGGAUUUAAGUGGUUAGACCAUAUUUUCUUUGCCAUAAAUCCUAGACCAUGUUAUAGUGUUGAGGUCCUAGUUAAGCUGCCUAGGGAGUUGACUGUUUCUGGUGGGAAAUCGAGCCAUGAAGUGGCUAAUUACAUACAGAGCAAACUGGCCGAUGCAUUGGGUUUUGAGUGCACUAAUUUGACAAGAAGAGACAAGUAUUUGAUGCUGGCUGGGAAUGAAGGACUUGUCAACGAUGAUAAUAUUCCUAGAAAUGUUUUCCAAUGGAAAACAGGUAGAGUGAAGAAAUAG